CUUCCUUGCCAAUGCAUUUGCUUGGACACCGGAAUAACGAUUAAGCCGACAAUACGAAUGAUUUUGAAGGGAGCUCUCCAAUUGAAUUCUUGACAGAAACAGUAGCUCGACGAAAGGGCAUACAUCUUUCUGUAACGGAUACGUCUGGUGGAGUAGUUUCAAUUGAUAUGUCCGUACUUGGCAGGAGACAAACAGGUUGAAAAAGGUGAACGUUAGCUAGCUAGCUAGUUGAGCUAGCAGGAAGGCUAGCCAGCCAGCUGGUUGGACCUUGGACGUGUUACCCACCAUCUAGCCGUAACGUUAGCCCGCCAGCAGGGAAUCACUGAACGGCAAACAGCUCAUUUCAGCCUUAGGCAUCGGAAUGUGUUACCAAGACAGUUGCGGCGAAGGACAAAGUGGAAGCAUUACUUACUUCAUUAACCAGUGACCUAACGGUAAAACCAUCCAUCGUUAACGUUUCAAGCCAAGGCGUAUUUCAAGGAAGAGCCUGGCCCCUUUCAUUUGACAAGCGACCGUCUAACUAGUCAAGGUGUUCAGCCACAUUCCACUUGGUAACAGUGUUGGCUAGCCCGAUUUGCCAACCGUCAGAUUUUUGGGAGGCCAAGACUGGGACUUGUCACGGAUAUUUCAUUGGCAAUCUCCUGCAUAGCUUGCUAUUACCGUCAAUUCAUUAACUGAAUUGUUAAUCGAGCUAGCUAGUCGUUUGAUUGUGUAGAGGGUAUCACUGAAGCCAAUCUUCUGUUUCAGUAGGUUGUUUUCAUUGCUUGCGAAUUUAUUGGGAACCAAGCUAACUAGCCACAGCAGUUUCAAUUGCUAACAUUAGCUAGCUAUCACUAUAUUUGCUGGUUUAGCCUCUUUUUUGCUGUGUAGAGACUGACGGCAUUUUUGACGGUGGCAGCAAAUUUACUGCAAGCCAGCUAUCUUUUUUGUUAACAUUUGAGUUUUGACGAAUGUCUACUUUUCAUGUGUCAAAAUUAACAUCUGCAUUUUUUCGGGGACAUAGCUAUGACCAUUUGUAACCGACCCAGUGUGUUUUCUCUUAUCAGUCGUAGGACUUGUUCUCGGUUCGAACGCUGCAGCGGUAUCAUUAGCUAACAGAAGCUAGACCGUAGUAAUUUUAUAACCUAGCUAGCUAGUAUACUCAGUUAAUGUUACUCAGUCUAUUUGCUGAAGCUACCUGACAAGCUUUCCCAUUCAGUUUGCGUCAUACUGUCAAAUAGGUUGAAGUCGCUUGUUAGCCGAAUAGCUACCCAGUUGCCUCAAUUGUCGAGCUACAGGAUCGGCUCUAUUACAUUAACGUUAACUUACAGUUUUGUAAUGAGUUGGUUGAUAAAUGUUGUGUUUGACUGCUAAAUUAACGUUAGCAAGGUAAACACAAUUGGAUUCAUUUUCUGACAUCCAACGUUGAGCAGAUCUGUUUCACGCAUUGAAUGCUCUUGGUAUAAGGUUAGCUUAGUCUGCUAUCUUGCGUAUUUCGUCAGUGUGCCGGUGUUGGUUGGCAAAUUCCACCUGCCCUUGUCUUUGCAAUCGUUUACAGCAAAGACGUCGUUGGUUUUUCCAGCUAAUUAUUGUAAGUUGACUCAACUUUAGUUUAUAAAAAUGUCCGGACAGUCAAUAACGGACCGGAUUGCGGCGGCUCAACAUAGCAUGACUGGAUCAGCCAUUAGUAAAGCUGUCUGCAAGGCCACGACGCACGAAAUCAGCGGACCCAAGAAGAAACACCUGGACUAUCUGAUCCACUGUACCAAUGAGAUGAACGUGAGCGUUCCCCAGCUGGCCGACACGCUGUUCGAGAGGACGGCCAACAGCAGCUGGGUGGUGGUGUUCAAAGCCCUCAUCACCACACACCACCUAAUGAUGUAUGGCAAUGAGCGUUUCAUCCAGUACUUGGCCUCCAGGAACACACUCUUCAACCUCAACAACUUCCUGGACAAAGGAGCGUUGCAAGGUUAUGACAUGUCCACUUUCAUCCGGCGCUACAGCCGCUAUUUGAACGAGAAGGCCCUGUCCUAUCGGCUAGUGGCUGUGGACUUCACCAAGAUGAAGAGAGGUAUCGAUGGAGUCAUGCGCACUAUGAACACGGAGAAGCUGAUCAAAACCCUGCCUAUCAUUCAGAACCAGCUGGAUGCACUGCUCGACUUCCAGGCCAACCCCAACGAGCUUACGAACGGCGUGAUCAACGCCGCGUUCAUGCUGCUCUUCAAAGACUCCAUCCGUCUGUUCGCCGCGUACAACGAGGGAGUCAUCAACCUGCUGGAGAAAUAUUUUGACAUGAAGAAAAACCAGUGCAAAGACGCUCUGGACAUUUAUAAGAAGUUCCUGUACAGAAUGACCAAGCUCUCCGAGUUUCUCAAAGUGGCUGAGCAAGUUGGGAUUGAUCAGGGAGACAUCCCAGAUCUGACUCAGACUACUAAAGGACCAUACCUUGCUCCCAGCAGUCUCCUGGAAGCUCUGGAGCAGCACCUGGCCUCCCUGGAGGGCAAGAAGACCAAGGACUUCUCCGCAGACACCAGGGCCAACACUCUGUCCAGCGCCGUGUCGUCCCUCUCCAAUACGGGCAUGUCCUUCAGCCGCAUGGAUGAGAAGGAGAAGCAGCAGGCCCUGGAGGAGGAGCAGGCCCGUCUGCAGGCACUAAAGCAGGAUCAGAGGCUGAAGGAGAUCGGCAUGCAGACGCCCUCCGCCUCCCCCACCAUCCAGCCCAUGAGCAGCGCCAACAACCACAACGCCGGCAUGGACCCCUUCGCCAACCCUGCCAACCCCCCCUCCACCAACAGCAUGCCAAACCUCACCAGCGACCUGUUUGACCUCCAGCCGGCCUUCAUCCCAGCUGUGCAGAGCACUCCGGCCAUCUCCACCGCUAACAGUGCCUGGGGAGGUGUGGAGAGCAGCUCCGUCCCUCAGAAUGCCUCCAUGAGUGUAGAUUUUGACGCCGUGUUCGGAACCAAAGCUGCCAAUAACGAUGCCAAACCUGCAGCUGGGUUUGAUACUUUAGGUGACCUGCUUAAACCCACAGUGCCCACUCACAACCAGGCCCCGCCUAUGUCCCUCCACACUGGGGGCAAGCUGCUCGCCAACGACCUGGACUCCUCCCUGGCCAACCUAGUAGGCAAUCUGCAGUUUGGAGGAACACCAGCCAAAAAGCCUGACAUGCAGUGGAGCCAGCCAAUGGAGAAGAAGCUGACGGGCGGCACCAACUGGCAGUCCAAGACCAUGAGCAGCACCACGGCCUGGAACCCCGCGCCCAUGCCCCCCGCACCCAUGCCCGUGCAGCACGUGGCUCCAGCACCGAUGGCAUUUCCCAUGACGACACCUCAAGUGCCUGUGUAUGGAAUGGUCCCCCCUCACAUGGGCCAGAUGAGUGGGGUGCCCGUGAUGACCCCCCAGCCCAUGAUGUACAACCAGCCUGUCCUCAGACCCACCAACCCCUUUGCCCCCAUACCCGGAGCCCAGGGCUCCACCCAAUGGAAUGUGGACAGCGUAAAUGAGAUGCAGUUCAUGUAGUACCGACGAGGCGUCAGCGUGUGCCAAAAGUGACGGCAAAACCCGCAGCACGAGCAAGAGAGAGAGAGAGAAGAGGAGAACCUUUCAACACCAAAUACCGGAGGAGACGAGUCUAAGAUGAAGCCCAGGGGAAGGAGAGAGAGAGAGAGGGAGAGAGAGAGAGAGGGAGAGAGAGAAACAGAGAAAGACAAAAAGCUCCAAGGUGGGAGAUGGGAGAAGUGUUAUGUGUGUGUGUGUGUGUGUCUGUGUGUAUAGAAUAGUGUGUGUACUUGUGUGUAUGUGUAUGUGUGUGUGCUCGUGCGUGUGUGUGUGUUUAUACAUGUGUGUCUUACCUGUGCACCAGUCUGAAACAGCUCUCCCAGAUCACACACACAUAAAUCAGCACACACAAUGUGUCAGGACCCGUGUUGGUCGAAUACCAUGCGUUCUAAAUGGCCUCACUUUAGGUGUGAGCCGUUUCAGGAAAUCACUGCAGCACUGAGAUUCAUUUCUAUCUGUGCGGAGUAACAUUUGUAUUUGUGCACUGAACAUACAUUUUGUAAAUGUAUAUUUUAGGCUGGACCCAUUCAGUGACUUUUUCUUUUUCUUUCUUUUUCUUUUCACCGUCUUCUCUCUGGGUUGUUUUCAGGUCAUUUGCGAUGCUUUUUCAUUUGGUUUCAUCAUCUCUGGCCCUGGAAGCUAGGUGUGUCUCCAUCUUGCUGGAGUUGUCAGGCUUUCCUGCAUUCUAAUGCGUUUUCCCCAUCUAAGCAGUCGUGCAAAGAGAAACGGAAUGUUUCCCAAGAGACGGAACUUGCGUUGCUUGACACGCAUUUGCGCAACAUCGUUCUCUAGAACGGUGUGUAAGUCAUCCGUUGUCACCUCCACCCAAACUACCCCUUAAAUGAAUCGUUUGACUCGACGUCCUCGUACGGUGAAUGUGUGUCUUUUGAGAAGCCCCAUCGUCCGUGUUCAACCAUAAAUCCCUUCUUUAUUACUGUAUUGUAAUGUGCUCUCUUGCUGUAUGUAUGUGUGUGUGAGCAGGAGAUGCUGGAUAAUAGGGAGAUGCUGUUUCAGACUUGGUGAAGGUCAUACUCACACACACACACACAAACACACACACUCUCUCACGCACACGUAUAUGUAUGGACACAUACACACACAGUUCCAGGUACACAAAAAUGCCCACGCAUGCACACACACACACACACUCAGCAGUCGGCUUAAAGACUGGAUGUGAAGUCUCUCAUGACGUACAUUAAGAGCAUGUUUGCCCAUCUCCUUCCUCACUGGACUCCCUUGUUUUCUUGUUUUUUUUUUCUUUGUUUGUUUGUUUAUUUAUUUGUUUGUGUUUGUCGCCAAAGGCAACCGAGAAAUGUUUGUACGCACUCUGUGUGUGUGUGUGUGUGUGUGUGUAUGUUUUCCUCCUCUUCUGCUGUCUCCUGUGAAGCGUGUAGCACCGUCAAAAAUAUAUCGUCUCCAAAAAACAUUGUUACCUGUUAACCCCUUCCGGCUCCCAAUUUCACUGUAACAUUUUCAGCCAUAAGCAGACUGAUGGAAUGAGAAAGGGGAAGAACAGCAAAAAGCACUCAAUGGCUCCCCUAGUGGUAGCAUCAAAAUCUUGUGCUAGGGCAGAAGGUCCCAAUGGGGAAUAUGGUGAUUUGAUUUUGCUGUUGUCUGUUUAAGGUGUGGCUAUUAUUACUGCCCUUUGUAUUUCAAGAAGUCGAAAUAGUCGGUGGUUUGUGUGACGCGUCCAUACACGAUAAGCCAGACCUCUAAUGUCCUCAGAAAUGUAAUCUUUGCUUGCCAAAUCAAUGUAGCCGUUGUGAAAUAGCAGGAUUGAAAACUGUUACUCUUCAUCAAACAAACCAAAACCAACUGAAAUUCCUACAAAACUUGCUAAAAAUCUGUAUGACCAUCUUUGUUACUUUCAGGACGGACUGAUCUAUGUCUGUAUAUGUAUGUGUAUGGUAGUUGUUUUUAUUUUUUAUUUUUUAUGGUUUUCUUUGCAUGUCAUUGCUUGACAUUGUAUCUGCGAUUUGUAUUGUUUCCUGAAGGGGACAUGUAUGGAGCUUCUAAUGUGUUUUUUUCUUCAACCAAAGCAUAAAACGCAACCCAUCUCACAGCGUUUAAUCGCUGGUGGGUGUGUCUGUUAUUUUUUUGUUUUGUUUUCUGGGUGUUUCUGCCGAUGCGUCUGCUUUUUAGACUCUCUCCUUCAGGUGGCCUUCUCUUGUAAGCCCCCCCCCCUUCCCCGCCCCCUUUUUUAAUUAUUAUUUCAAAUUACUGAAGAAGCAAAUCCUUGCACUGAUCAAGCCGCCGGUCGUUGACAGUAGCACAGUCUGUUGGCUAAAGGAGUUAGUGGCAUUCCUCCAUUGGUCAGAGGUCUCCUAGUAGCCUCGCUUUUGGUUGGAUGCGGAUUGGUCGUGUCGAGAAGAAUAAACACUGCAGUGUGUGUUGUCGAAUGUUUCGCCUGCCUUCCUUCCUGAAGGAUGAGGAAGGUUUGAAGGUCUCCCAUUCUGUGGGAUUGAGGUGUGUAAGGAUGUGUGUGUGUGUGUGUGUGUGUUUUUUGUUCUUUUUUUCUCACGGCAAGUGUUGGGUGUCGUCGUCGUUAAGCGUUGUGUCCUUAGAUGCACCUUCGGGUUGUUUGUUGUAGUGGGAAAAAUGUGGGGUGGGGGUUCCUUUGGUUGGUUGUGCGUUAGGCCGGUAGUGCAAAUCAAUAGCAGAAAAACAGGAGGAGGUCGAUAAACACAUUUGCACAUUAUUCCCCUAGAUAAAAAAAACCCCGCCCUGUUUACAGCGUGUCACAAACGACGAGGAGGAGAAAACGAAGCAUGGACAGUCUUUAAACAAAAUGCACCUUUCCUCCCUCCUCUUUUCUGAUAUCAUCAUUAUUUUUUAUUCUUUUUUUUAUUUUAUUUUUUUAUUAUUAUUCUUUUUUUUUAUCAAUCCUACUGGAUUCUGAGUAAUGACGCUGCAAAGCUGUGAACACACAAAGCAAGAUUUAACAAGUAAAAAAAGCAAUGAAGUUUUUAAACAUGCACAUGUAUAUGGAGGGAUGGAAAAACACCAGACAGGGUAUCCUCUUCUUUUCCUCUUGGUCGGACAUAGCUCUCAUCGUAGCUCCCUCCAAACACACACACACAUCCCACCGACCCCCCCCCCCCCCCCCCCACGACCCCCCCACCUGUCCCUUUCCCCCCCACAGUCGUACUCACCUGUGUCUUCAUAUCCCGAUGUGCACCUGUGCUCCUAAGUGGCCAGUCCCCUAGUCUUUAAAACGUGAGUAGUUGGAGUCCCGUGCUGUUGUGGUGUUGUGUCCUGGUCCUGUUGUCUAUCUGUUAGCUAGUUCUACAGAUGCCCCCCCACCCCCUGUCACCACCUGCCCUCUCCUGUCAGUAGUAACCCCCCCCCUUCCCCCCCAGUGAUGAUCUGCUGGCUUGUUUUCCCUGGUAGAAACCCCUAUUUUCCUCCCCCAGGGGGCUUCCCCAUUGCCCCCUCUGUGUGAUAACUGUGUGUGUAUGUGUGUGUGUGUCGUUAUGUUUCACCCUCAGAAGGCAUCUCUAUGUAGAUCAUGUGCUUUAUGAAACGGUGAAACGUGAGGGGGGAGGGGGUGUUGGUUUCCCGGUCCUCCUGGUCUGGAGGUUGAACGUACCGAAGGACGCCAAGAGUACGGGAAAGUGAGGGCGAGUGUGAGAACUGAAUAAUCAGAUGGGUUGUUGUCAAACCUAGGCGUUUUUUUUUUUUAAGUAUCGGUGCUGGGUCUAGUCAGGUUACUUGUCCUGUGAUGGUCUAUAUGUUUGGCUAGCCCACAAGAUUUGCCCCAUGCGCUUAAUGGAAGGAUUCAGGUGUUGUGGCUGCAGUAGAGCGAGAUCGAGAUCACACAAGUUUGGAUGGUUAGUCAUAUUUAGUAUGUGUGUGUGUGUGUGUGUGUGUGUUGGGUGCGUGUGUGUGUGCGUGUGUGUGUGUUAGUUGUGAUCGUGUGCACCUGAGCUGGAGGUAUCUACGGAGGUUACUUCCAGCGACCUUCAAAGAGACUUGUAGAUGUCGUCGUUUUUUCGAACUUUUUCACAGCGUGUUUGGCACAGCGGUUGAUGAGCACAGUUUAAUCAGAUUUUUUACCACUUUUCGUCCUUGUGUUUGGAAAUCUGUCUGUUGUUCUUAUUCUUCUUCCUUCUUCUCCUCUUCCUUCCUCCUUCUUCUUCUUCUUCUUCUUCUUCUGAUUCUCCCUCUUCUCCCUCUGUUAGCGUUCCUUUCUAUCUGUUCAAAUCGUUUUGCAUGGAUCCCAGUCCUGCCUGUAUAGUGGAGGUCCUUGUGUAUCUUGAGCUGGUUUUCAUUGAGGGGAGGCGCAUGAACGAAGGGGGGAAAACUUCUUUUCCCAAAAGAGGCCCCUUUUGGUGUGCUGACUGCAUGGUCCGUGUCGUGGUGUUGUUACCUACCAGGUUCCCUUUAAAAGCGAACAAAAAAAAGCAUGAUCUUCUUCUCUGUAGUCCUGUUUUUUAAAAUCUAACUCGUGUUUUAAGUGUCUGGAAUAAACAAUAGGGGUGGGGAGGAGGGGCACUUGUUUGGGUGUGUUUCUCGAAUUGCCACGUGUGGAAUGGCCAUGCUAUGGCCACCAACUCUGGACAAGAGACUAGCAAAGAUGGUGACGGUUAAGGUGGACGAACGCCAUCUUUCCCAAAUCCGACUAGUCAUUGAUGUCAUUUGAUGUAAGGAUGUGAAAUAUACGAGGUUACACUCGUACCAUUAUCUUAAAUUGGCAUGGCUAUGCACCAUCAAAAGUGACAAUGUUGAUGCUCAUUUUUCGAAAGAGGUGCUUGCUCUUAGUGAGUUUUAAUAUUUGAUGUCCUUUUUUUUUGUUUUGUUUUUAAUAAUCCUUCUCAUUUUGCAAUAGCUAUUCCCGGGACCUCAGUCAUCGUCGUAUUGGGAUGUCAUGGGUUUCCCUGGUCCUAUAAUGGGCCAUAGAACCCUACCAUCAUUUUUUAUCUUAAGAAAUAACCUCAGCUAUCGCAUAGCGAGUUUCCAUACUGGUGUCGGUCCAUGCCAUGGUCAUUCGGCAAUGGAUGGCAAGUUAGGAAACACAUUGUCAUUAUCUUGUUUCCCCUUUGCCAGUUUGUAACUUGACCGACCCAAGUUUGGAGGAUGUCAAUGCGACUGUGGCCCCUUGGUGAGUCCAUACCGGAUUCAUUGUGUUACUGAAAAGCCUAAGCCCACCACUAUCCCAGAAUCCACUGCAUAUCCACAGCAUAGCCGCCCUCCCACAUGACAUCCCAACAGGCUGCUACUCUUGGUCAAGUGUAGUGUCUCUCUAUCUGUGUUAUCAACAGGGGAAUAUGUAGGAUGUAUGGUGUGUGUGUGUGUGUGUGUGUGUGUGCGAGAGAGAGAGUAUGAGUUUGCGUGUGUGUGUGUGGUCCUCCCCACCUUUCAGUCAUCAGGGAACUUCUGAGGAAGCGGUGUGGAUUUAAUUGUUUUAUUUUGUUUCGUUUUGUCCGUUUUCUUUUCUCUAAUCUCGUGCUCAUAUGUUACAUUGGUUUGUUUCUAAACUUGUGCGUUCAUUUGGACUUUAACUGCUGCUUCAUACGGUCUGUAUAUAAAUAUACAUGUAUAUCUCCAUACUCUGCAACAUAUUAUUUUCUUUUUUUUUCCGAACAUGACAAAUAUUUGCAUUAUAUAGAGAUAUUAUAUCCUAUAGAUUCUUUUGUUUUUAUUUUGACAGUCAAGGCGGAUGAUGUUCUCUGCCCUGUUAGUCCAUAGUCAAUGCCAAAUGAGGUUGGAGAAUCAGGAGUCAUUACUUUUUUAAAUGUUUCAUGUUGGUUUCCCCCCUUUGUACAUUUUGUAUUUAUUUAUGCAAACAUUAAGGAUUUUAAUAAGCAUGGAAAAGAAACAAGACAUCAUGGGCUUUUUUAUUUGACUUCAUUUUUUUUGUUGUUGUUUUUGGUUUAUAUCAGAAGAAAUAAAUCAUUUUCCAUUCCUAAAAAAAAACAUUUGUAUGUUUUUUGUUUUUGUUCCAUCAUUGUGUCAAGCCUCUCUAAAAUCCUUUGUUUGAGUCCGACAGUCAGAGGAUUAUCCUUCACUCUUAUUCUUUACCUGCAGGAUUGGGACCAGUUCUGUGUAGGCCCCUUUGGCCACUGUAACCAUCGGUGGCCGUAAAAACAUGGACAGUUGCAUGCUCAGGUCAAAAGGGAAUUCACUGGCAGGAACUGAAAAUGAGGUGGAGAUUUAACCAAAUAUGGUCGAUUCUGAAGAUUUGAUUAUCAGUUUACUACGCAUGCUCUGGCUUUGAAAAGCACUUAUGUCACCGACUCUGGCUAUGAGGUUGCAAAUAUGACCAAUUUGGGCUUCAUUUCUUCACACGUGACCAUGCUGCUGUCCAUGUUUUUAGGGGGUUUUUUUACGGCCAUUGAUAAGCAUAUCCAGCAGAUAUGCUCAAACGGUCCCGUACCUGUAGCUAAAGUCUAUGUCAUCACUGUCUUCACAAAACAACUGCCGACCCAGGUGAUCACUGUUGCUUUCUGGAGUUGUGUCCUACACGAUUCCUCCCCUCCCCCCUCGAUUGAAUAAAUGUCAGCGUUUGUGUUUGUUUGUUUGUUUUGGGUUUUUUUUCCGUUUGUUUACCUUUUGAUCAAAUUUGCACUUCAUAUAUACCCCUGCCUUACAGAACAGAACGUGGGUUUGUUCUGGGACCCGGUGACAAGAAGCAUGCUUUUUUUCUUAAUCUACCCUUUCAGCUUGUACAGUACUGUACUUUCUACAUGUUUAAAUGUCAUGAUAUUGAUGAUGAUUAAUGAUGAUGAUGAUGAUGAUGAUGCUGUGAUUGUGGUUUUCAUUGUUGCAUAUGUUGCAUGAGGAGAAUGCCAGGUUGUGCCCUCAACCCAAGCCAACACCAACCCCCCUAUACUGUCCUGUCCAGUCCAGGUAAAACCACGGGUGACUACAGCCGAUUCCGGAGCAAAGCUGAAGGAUGAAUCGAUCGAUCAAUCAAUCACUGAAUGUUAAUUUUGCUUUUGGAGCGAGUCGUUGGUAUUUAUUUGUUUAAGUUUCCCAUGAGGAGAUAGCCUCUUUCCUCUUGACCUGAUGUUAAUCUUUCCUAUCGAUUUGGCUAAUCUGUGAUUGACUCAUCGUUUAGCCAAUAAGUCUCUGAACACGAGGGUUGAAUUCUGGAGCUCAAUCGGUGGGCAUCACAACAUGAUUGAUUGGUUUCAUUUAGGCUCAAAAUCGUAUGUACUAUGCGAGUCCAAUCACAGUCAAAGAUGGGGCACAAAAAUCCAUCCACCGGAAAUCAAUUCAACCCCCUGCCUCUCCCUGAUUUCCUCUUCUCUCUUAGUAGGUUUAGUGAUCACAAAGCAGGAGACACGAGGGACAAGGCAACCAAGGGGGGGACGUUUAUUAGCAAAUCCGGUUCUGAUCCGAUCAUGUUCUGCCGCAGAUCCGUUGGACUCUGUCUGCAGGGCCUCUUCAACGGGCCUCGGCUCUUCAGGAAGAGCUGUUUCUGCUAAGAAAUGGCCCGGUCCGUUUAGGCGUCCUCCCAACAGAGGUUGCUAGACUACAGGGUGUUGCUACCAGUCACUGGUUUGAGGGAUCUCCUAGAGGAGCCUCUCGUUGGAGAUGUGAGUUUUCACUUGGUCAACUUUUGAGACUCAUGGCUCCGUUUUUGUAGAACUUAAGUUGGCAAGACCUAAGCUAUAUGUUAGGGCCCAAAGGUCUCGUAGGCUGCUUUCGCCCCUUGUGGCUGGAAUGCCUCUGGGUCCUCCUGUUGCACGUGGCGCCAUUUUGUUAGAUAUGAAUUUGAUGAUAACUCUCUAAACUGCCGCCAUCCGAGUACGGUAGCAAUGUACUGAAUGCACAGUUAAUGUGUGUGCGUGUUUCUCGUUUUUGUAUACAAAAAGCUUCUCCCAAAGGGGAAAGGGAAAAAAAUUAAUAAAACGUGCUAAAAAGUCUACAUCUACGCCAAACUUUAACUUGCUUAUGAAACGGUCUGCUGUUGCUACCCCACAAAUCCUUUCAAGUCAUCGGUGAAUUAAGCGUUAUGACCUGAUGAUUUUAUUUUUUCCAGCCUAACGGUGUUGCACCUGAAGUCCACUCGACCUGCCUGCUAAAGUCCUAUUGAUCAGGACCAAGACGUGACAAGAUCUCUCUCUUUUUUUUUUGGCCAUUGAAUUAUCAUGUUUUUUCUUUCUUCUGCAUGUGCUGUUUUUUAAAUUUCGGUUUUUAAAUGGACUUGCUUGGGAAUGGACGUUUGAGAACAUCCAGUGACGUUUGCUCAGACUAAGUAUAUAUGGUGCUCAUCUCAUGGUCAAUUUGAUGGGAGAGUUGUUUCACUUUGUUAAUUUUGUUCCGUGGUGGAUGGUUGUGCAGAUUCUUAUUUUUAUGUUUUUUUAUUAUUUUUUUAAAAACUCGUACAUAUUUGGCCAAUUUUUUUGUAUGUUAUUUCUGUUUGUCUGUUGUGUGGUCUGUACCUGUGUAGAAACACUUUAUGGUUGCAAGAUCUUGAGACAUGAAACCAUGAGUGAUAUACCAUGUGAAUAAAUGUUUUUUCUCCCACA